AUGGACGGUACUGCCCUCGAGAUCGCCGGGGGGUCCGCCGCCGCGAGCGCCGCCUCCGACGACGACGGAAGGGUCUUCCUCGUUCCGUACAGAUGGUGGAGAGAAUCGCAGGAAUCGGGGCCCGACGACGGCGCCGGCGGCGUGAGAGGGAUCCUCUACUCGGCGUCGCCGGGGGGCUCGCCGUCCUAUGGGAUGAAGAUAAUCAGCAACAUUUUCAGCUCCGAUCUCGUUUUUAACCUGAGGAAAGAUGACGAUUUGAUGCAGAAUGGGGAGUCAGAGGACGGGGUUGGGGUUUCUGGGCGAAGCUAUGCUUUGAUUCCGUCGGAUUUGUGGUCCAAAGCUCUCAAAUGGCAUAAUGAUGCAGCUUCGAAUGCGAGGAGCUCGUUUUCGUGGGAGGAUGGAUUGGCGGAGGUUUACCCGUUGAUGCUUAGGAUUACUGUCUUGAGGGAGACGAAUGUGAUGAAUGUCAAGAUCAGUAAAAAGGACAAUGCAGUUGAAAAUUACAAACGAGCAUGCAAAAUUUUCAGUGUUGAUUCUGAAAUGGUCCGUAUUUGGGACUUUUCAGGGCAAACAGAUCUUAUAUUUAUGAAUGAAUGGAAUCGACAUACACGAGAUGGUCCACGCCAGGCAGAUCAAGAGAUUCUUCUAGAGUUACAGGUGUAUUUGUUAUCAGACUCUUUGAAUCAUAGAAUUGAAAGCCAAAAAGAUGAUUUGACAGUUCAACAAUCUAAAAUGACUAGUUAUGGUGGCUCGCUCUUGAUGAAUGGAAAUAUAGGAAAUUCUGAUUUUCGUUCCAGUGGAAGUUCCAAAAGAUUUGGUUCUUACGGAUUAACGGGGUUGGACAAUCUUGGGAAUACAUGCUUCAUGAACAGUGCAAUCCAGUGCUUGGCUCACACUCCGAUGCUUGUUGAAUAUUUCCUCGGAGACUACAGUAGAGAAAUAAAUCCUCAUAACCCAUUGGGAAUGAACGGUGAGCUUGCUCUAGCAUUUGGAGAACUAUUGAGGAAGCUAUGGGCACCUGAUAGAGCUCCAGUUGUUCCACGGGUGUUCAAGGCAAAGCUUGCUCGUUUUGCUCCUCAGUUCAGUGGGUUUAACCAGCAUGAUUCUCAAGAACUUCUUGCUUUUCUAUUAGACGGGCUUCAUGAGGAUCUAAAUCGUGUGAAGUGCAAGCCGUAUACUGAAGUUAAGGAUUCAUGUGGUCGUCCCGAUGAACAAGUUGCGGAUGAAUAUUGGUCGAAUCAUUUGGCUCGUAAUGAUUCUAUUAUAGUUGAUGUUUGUCAAGGCCAGUACAAAUCAACAUUAGUUUGUCCAGUCUGCAGUAAGGUUUCCGUUACAUUCGAUCCAUUUAUGUACUUAUCUCUUCCUCUACCGUCAUCUGCAUCACGGACAAUGACUAUUACCAUCUUCAGUUCUGAUGGUACUUCUGCACCUUCUUCAUAUACUAUAAAUGUACCCAAGUAUGGAAAAUGCAAGGAUCUUAUGCAGGCUUUAAGUGUUGCUUGUUCAUUGAGGGACAACGAGAGCCUACUGGUUGCUGAGAUAUAUGGCAAUCGCAUUAUUCGUUAUCUGGAGGAUCCUUCUGAUGCGGUAUCCUUAAUCAGAGAUGGUGACAGGCUUGCGGCAUAUAAGCUACUAAAAGAUGAUGAAAAUUACCCCUUGGUGGUAUUCACGCACCAGCGUGUUGAGCGUUACAUCCACAGCAUCAUGUCCUCGAAGAAGGCAUUUGGUGUUCCUCUAGUUGCAAGGCUCUCUGUUGCAGCUAAUGGCUCCACAAUCCGCGAUCUUUAUUUGAAGUUAUUGAAUCCAUUUCUCCGAUCCUCAGAUGCUAUCUCUGAUUUAGAUCACAGCAAUAUCAACGUGGGUGAAUUUGCUAAAGUGGAGUCCUCCAAUGGUCCUGAAAAUGAAGGCAUUGCUGAAGCUGCAGAAGUGGGUGACUGUGUUCAAGAUGAAUUUCAGUUCUACAUAACCGAUGAAAAGUGUCAAGCUAUGCAUUCUAAGAUUGACAUGGAUGAAUCAACUUCACUUACAGGGCUACAAAAACAACUGCAUGUGAUAGUGUGUUGGCAAGAGAAAGCACCAGAAAAAUAUGAUAUUGAACUUCUAAAUUCCUUACCGGAGAUUUACAAGUCUGCACUCUUCUCAAAGAGACCUCAGGAACCCAUUUCUUUAUAUUCAUGUCUCGAAGCCUUUCUAAAAGAGGAACCACUAGGACCUGAAGACAUGUGGUACUGCCCUAGCUGCAAGGAGCAUCGGCAGGCUUGCAAGAAACUAGAUCUCUGGAGGCUGCCGGAGAUUCUUGUUAUUCAUCUAAAACGAUUUUCUUAUAGCCGGUUCCUGAAAAAUAAACUGGAGACAUUUGUAGAUUUUCCCAUUGAUGACUUGGAGUUGUCGGAUUAUAUUGCAUAUAAGACCCAACAACCUUCUCAUCGGUACAGGCUGUAUGCUAUUAGCAACCACUAUGGAAGUAUGGGAGGAGGUCACUACACUGCAUAUGUUCAUCAUGAGGGAGCAAACCGUUGGUAUGACUUUGAUGACCGACAUGUCAAUCCCUUGUCUGAUGAAACUUCCAUAAAGUCAUCAGCUGCGUACGUUCUCUUUUACCAGAGGGUUCAAGCCGAGGAUUCAGAUUCAAGAUCUACUACAUCAACGCGUAAUUCUCCUGAUCAUAUAAUUGAAGCAGACUAGAAGUGACCUUUAUCCUUGAGCUAGAGAGAGAUUCAUUUUUCAACUGCGGGAUU